CGGAAGACCAAACGGGUCCUGCGCACACCACACCUUCCACCAAAGCAGGGGACCACCAGCCGGCGACGGCCCCAGACCAUCCAGAUUCUUCGACUCUACCCUUGUGGGAAGAACUCAGGCUUAAGGGGCUGUUGGGUCCAUGGCACAGGGGAGUUGGCCUCAUGUCUACCCCCAUGCUGCACAGAUUAUCAACCCAGCCUGGACUUACCCGGAGGCACAUCAAUUCUGCCACUCAUGGGGAUCGGUUGA